UGUUUGGUAUGUCAUAUAUGUAAGUAAUUUAGUUAAUAAAAGAAGGUAAUUAUGUAAUUUUAUUAUAAUUAGUAAAUAUUUGUGAAAUUUAUUUGGAAAUUUAUUUGUGAAAUUUAUUUCGGAAUUACUAUAACUAGCUCCAUUCCGUAGAAUUCAAAAUUUAGAAUUGAAAAUGAAUUCUUUUAAAUAGCAAACACAAAAAAAAUUCAUUUCAAAAUAAAUUUCACAAAACUUAUAAAAUUCAUUUAUACCAAACGAUAUACAAGAGAAUAGCCCAACCCAAUGACCAAACUUGCAAUUUACCCUAACAUCAAAGAUAACGUAAACGAAAAAACAAGGAAUUUCUCAGUCGAGAAUAAUUGGGCCGCUUGAUCGAUCAGAAAUGAGAAAUUUUUUCCGCCGGAGAAGAGGGAGUGAGAUUUCCGAUUCUUGGGAGAGUGGCAAUUAAUUGGAAACAGAAGGAAGACGGAAGAUUCAGUUUGGUCUCCUCUCCGAUGAGCGAUAAGGGCGGGAGUCUUCAAGUGCAGGUGGAUCCCAAUCUGCCGCGAUGGAUGUGCCAGAACUGCCGGCACUCUCUUGUCAUCGUCGGAGCUGAUUCCUUCGCCGACAAGUUCUUAAACGAAUCCUCUUUCCACUCCGUUCAUGGAGCUAACAGUGUGCUGGGCUCGACACGCAUGGACAAUUCCUUCGUCCUAUUGCCAAAUCAAAAGCCCCAACUGCAGGGAAUCCCUCCACGUCCACGAGGCGGAGGCGUUCAGCCUGGGAAGGCAAUGGAUGAAUCCUUUGUCGUCGUGUACAAGUCUGAGCCUGCGUCUGAUGGAGGCGCCGGCGGCCACUUGCCUUCGCUGGAAGGAGGGUCGAAUGGCCAGUUGCAGCCCAACAUUGCGGGGUUUCAUUCUACAAUCUCGGUCCUUAAACGGGCAUUUGAGAUAGCAACAACGCAGACACAGGUCGAGCAGCCAUUGUGUCUCGAGUGCAUGAGAAUGUUGUCUGAUAAACUUGAUAAGGAAGUUGAAGAUGUGAAUAGGGACAUUGAAGCAUAUGAAGCAUGCCUCCAACGGCUUGAAGGAGAGACCCGAGAUGUUCUCAGCGAGGCUGAUUUUCUGAAGGAGAAACUAAAGAUUGAGGAGGAAGAAAGAAAACUUGAAGCUGCAACUUCAGAGAUUGAGAAACAGAAUGCAGAAGUAAAUGCAGAACUGAAGGAAUUGGAGUUAAAAUCUGGCCGCUUCAAAGAAUUGGAGGAGAGGUACUGGCAGGAGUUCAAUAAUUUUCAGUUCCAGUUAACAUCAUAUCAGGAAGAGAGAGAUGCAAUUCUGGCAAAGACUGAGGUUUCUCAAGCACAGUUGGAGUUGUUGAAGCAAACCAGUGUGCUGAGUGAUGCUUUCCCAAUCUAUCAUGACGGAGAGUUUGGAACCAUCAACAAUUUCCGACUUGGCAGACUUCCUCAAAUCCCGGUUGAAUGGGAUGAGGUAAAUGCUGCCUGGGGACAAGCUUGUCUUCUACUCCACACUAUGUGUCAAUACUUCAAGCCAAAGUUUCCAUAUCACACAAAAAUGAUUCCUAUGGGGAGCUACCCCCGCAUUAUGGAUAGCAACAACAAUUCCUAUGACCUGUUUGGGCCGGUGAACUUAUUCUGGAGCACUCGCUACGACAAAGCGAUGAAACUGUUCCUAACCUGCCUCAAGGACUUUGCUGAUUUUGCAUAUCUGAAGGACCAAGAGAACAACAUCCCACCUGAGAAACGGUUCAAGCUUCCAUACAGGAUUGAGAAUGACAAAGUGGAAAGCUUUUCCAUCACCCAGAGCUUCAACAAGCAAGAGAACUGGACGAAAGCACUCAAGUACACGCUUUGCAAUCUGAAAUGGGCUCUGUACUGGUUCAUUGGCAACACUAGUUUCCAACCAAUGGCCACAAUAAUGGCCUCCCCUCGUGUCGAUGUACCAGGUGCAGGCUCUCUGCACACAAAGCAGCAGCAGCAACGUGGUGGUACGAGCUCAAAGCAUGAUUCUCGACGAACAUGAAUCCCAAAAACUACAGAGAUACUGGUACAGGAAACCAAGAAAGAGAUUUGUAGAUAGAAAACUGGGACUGCUAUAUUUCCUCUGAUGUUUGCUUUGUGGAAAGCCAAUAUCUCCUUUUGUGUGUAUAUGUGUAGUUGAUUGUUCAGGCA